UCAGUUUUCGAACCAAUGAUUUGAUCGAGAGUACUUAAGCCUGGCACGAUGCCAGAUUGCAGACACAAGUUUCAAAUUUUCAAUCAAUCAGUUGCUCCACAAAUCAGUUGUAGCCUUGUUACAGUAUGUUCUGCUCCUAUUUAAGUGUAAAUUUAAAUCGGGAAUCGGGAUGCAUUGACUGGUAUCCUAUUGGGACUGAAAUCAUUCAAGUCACAUUGGUUUGCACUUGGGAACAUCAUUGAGUCCCUACGAACAGAUUUUAUCAAGUUUUGUCAUUAAUGUUGUGCGCUUCAGACGAGUGUUUUGGUUCUACUUGAAAAACAUCCAGUCUUAUAAUUUUUGUCGUAGCCUUUGAGUCUUUGACAGUUUUGAAUGAGUACUUCGUGCUAUUAAUUGAAUUUAUUAUGAUUACAUUUCACUAUCUCUGGUGAAAUUCUGUUCAUAAGGUUUUACAUGGGUAAAGCCAUAAAGAGUUUAUCAAAGUUCAAAAGUGACUGUGAAAUAUUUGGGAUUUGAGCGGCGAAAUGGAUAAACGCAACGGGCAUGGUAGCCACGAUUUGGUGGAGAGUUUGCCUGCUAAUUUUAACAUAAAACAGGCCAUCCUUCAAAAUGCGGACCUUACCAAAGAUCUGGAAGAGCAAAUAUCAAACGUGGAGAUCGCUGAGCAUAUUACAUCGCGUUCAUCGUUUGAUGCCGCGAGUAAUGGUAUUGAUAAUCAAAGCCCAUGCUCUUCCCGAAGCUCCAAGAUGAUCGCUAAUAUUUCUCCUGUGAGCACUCGUGCCAGACGGAUGAUAGAACCAAUUUCCGAGGCAGUUCUGCCCGUUUCCAAUCGGAUAGCACAUAAUAUUGCACCACUUAAGAGAAAUCUACAGCGGUGUGAGACAACAGUUGUCUCAUCGAAUAGAAAUACUUCCAAUUUAAGCCGAUAUCAUUCGAUGCUUGGUGAUGCAAAUCCGGUGAAGACGCGUGGAUCGUUAACAUCAUCCGACGAAGAAAAUACAGAGAAGGAAAAAGUUGACCCCGUUUCGUUUUCCGCCACAGGUGCUACAAUUUCCUCGAGUGCUACUCAAACUCCUGAAGAUAUGAAUUCUUCCGACAGUGAGUUUACGGAUGAGGAAGCUGAUAAAACGCAGAUCAACCAACCAGCGCCGGCAAGAGAAAGUACAAGUGAAUCGUCAGGCGAUAGUACUUCGGAGACGGAAGAAUGGGAUAGCGAAGCGGAUACCCAUACCUCUACUGAUGAAAACGACGAUCCAGAACGACAACCUAAACCGUCUUAUUACCAAGUUAUUGAUCCUGCGCCCCUGACUAUGGAAAAGCCCCACUCUGCACAGCGUCCACAGAACGGCCGCAGUCUGAAAGAGCAGUAUGUCGCGUCACUGCCAUGGAUGCGGCGUCCAGCAUUCAGCUCAAUGCAAUUCCCAUCAGUAAAUACAAAUAAUCAUCCCCGGCGUGCGGGUAUGAAUGCCAUACCACCCAGCCAUUCCUUUCCUCAAGAAUUUUUUCAAAUGGUCUCUAACCCAUUUUUCAAUACAUCCCUUCACGAAGCGUACCGGCAAGCAUGUGCUUUUAAAGAUUGGUACGAGGCAAAUUUUCCAGAGCAGUCUCGACAUGAAUUUGUUGAAGAACAGUUAGUAAAUGGUCAAGUACGCAAGUCAGCGAAUGAGGUGAUUGACCCGGCUUCAUCCAGAAAGGCACUACCCGGCCGGAUACAUGCUAGUACAUCUUCUGCUCCUGGCUCUAGUAAAAGAUACUCACAGUGAUGUACACAAUUCGGUAUGUCUGAUCUCGCUGUUUAUAUGUUCAAAUUUCAGUUGAAGUUUUUCCGAGGAUCUGCAUACUACCGGAAUCCACUCCACCGCUACGGUUAUUUAUUUGUUGUGCACUUCGUAAUUGUUGGUAGGCUCAGUAUGAGCACUGUGAGUGUGAGAGGACAAAACCUGCUGCAGAAUUGUGUCAGUUCUGUUGUGUUCAGUGUUGAAAUUACUGGAAGAAUAAAGUUAUGUUCAUUUUGUCGCUGUUUCAGACCCAGUACUCAAGUGGUAUGACUUUGAUUUGGUU